UCCCGUCCGGCCCCGCCCCCGCCCGGCGUCGGGCCGUCGGACGGGCGGGAAGGGGCGGCCGCUCGGGGAGGAUGGCGGUGGCGGCGGCGGUGGGAGUGGGCGCUGGCGCCGGGGGCCCAGGAGCCGCGGGCGGCAGCGGCGGGGCGCGCGAGGGCGCGCGGGUGGCGGCGCUGUGCCUGCUGUGGUACGCGCUGAGCGCGGGCGGCAAUGUGGUCAACAAGGUGAUCCUGAGCGCCUUCCCGUUCCCCGUGACCGUGUCGCUGUGCCACAUCCUGGCGUUGUGCGCGGGGCUCCCGCCUCUGCUCCGCGCCUGGCGCGUGCCCCCGGCGCCGCCAGUCUCGGGCCCUGGGCCCGGUCCGCAUCAGUCGCCGGGCCCGCUCCUGCCGCCGCGCUUCUACCCGCGUUACGUGCUGCCGCUCGCCUUCGGCAAGUACUUCGCGUCAGUGUCCGCGCACGUCAGCAUCUGGAAGGUGCCCGUGUCCUACGCGCACACCGUCAAGGCCACCAUGCCCAUCUGGGUGGUUCUCCUGUCCCGGAUCAUCAUGAAGGAGAAACAGAGCACCAAGGUGUACCUGUCACUCAUCCCCAUCAUCAGCGGCGUCCUGCUGGCCACUGUGACAGAGCUGUCCUUCGACAUGUGGGGGCUUGUCAGUGCCCUUGCUGCCACACUGUGCUUCUCGCUUCAGAAUAUUUUCUCCAAAAAGGUAUUAAGAGAUUCAAGGAUCCACCAUCUCCGGCUGCUGAACAUCUUGGGCUGCCAUGCCAUCUUUUUUAUGAUCCCCACGUGGGUCCUGGUGGACCUCUCGGCUUUCCUGGUCAGCAGCGACCUGACCUAUGUGUCCCAGUGGCCUUGGACGCUUCUGCUCCUGGCUGUCAGCGGCUUCUGUAACUUUGCCCAGAACGUCAUUGCCUUCAGCAUCCUCAACCUCAUCAGCCCUCUGAGCUACUCGGUCGCCAACGCCACCAAGAGAAUCAUGGUCAUCACGGUGUCCCUGAUCAUGCUGCGAAACCCAGUCACCAGCACCAACGUCCUGGGCAUGAUGACGGCCAUCCUGGGAGUCUUUCUGUACAACAAGACCAAGUAUGACGCGAAUCAGCAAGCCCGGAAGCACCUCCUCCCCGUCACGACGGGGGACCUGAGCAGUAAGGAGCAUCAUCGGAGCGCCCUGGAGAAGCCCCACAACGGCAUUCUCUUCCCCCAGCACGGGGACUAUCAGUACGGCCGCAACAACAUCUUGACAGAUCACUUCCAGUACAGCCGGCAGAGCUACCCAAACUCGUACACUUUGAACCGUUACGACGUGUAGAGUCUAGCGACCAGGGCAGGACGUUCUGCCAAUCCUCCCUCCUACCCCCCAGCAGUACCAGAAACUUCUGACAACCAGUGAAUGUACAACCCGGCCGAGGGGGGACGGUGCAGAACCAUCAGAAGACCCUGGGGUUCCCGGCCCCCUGGGGGCAGCAGGACGCCGUCCCUGCAGUGGGGACCACUGCCCCCGAGCUCCGGUGUUUCAUGCCCUUUCUUCCUGGAGUCUGUCUUCUGAGGGCUGCGUCGCCAUGUGGAAAUCUCGGCCGGCUUUUACCUUUCUGUGUGGACUUACUCCCCAAGUCAUGUUUUUCAGAGGUCUUGUUCUGUUUUCCAGAUAACAGCCAGGACCCUCUCUGGAAAGGACACAGACCUCGGAGUGGGCAAGAGGUGGUUUGCAGGGAGGGUGGCAAGGAAAGGACCCUAGGGUGGUGCUUGGUGACAGACUAGCCGCUUUAAUUCCACUGCUCAGGUAGGCGUAGGACUGGUGCAGCCAUGGAGCAGAGGAGUGUAACGGUUAUUGAAAACAUCUCCAGCCCCAAAGAUGGACUCAGCUUUCUGGUCAGCCCCAUGGCUGUUUGCAGUUCUGGCAAACGUUCCCCAGUGCAAAGCUAUUGUAAUUAGCAUUGAAUUCUUAGAGCCUAAUUCUGACCCAAAAGUCGGAGGUGGCGUGUGCCCAGAUCCAGAGGGAAAGAGGGCCGCUGUCUCCUGGGCUCUCUCUUCCCUUGCUGGAGCGGGGCAUCUCUCCUCUCGGAGCAGCAAGGAGGAGGGGACGCAGGGCUGUGAGAAGGAUCGUGAGGAAAUCAUGUUCGGUGUUUCAAUCUCUAUUUCUAUAAUAUUUGUUUUGUCUUUUGAGCCUUCACUUCUGUGCUGACUUAGUAGGAUGUUUGGUGGGGUGAUGUUGGCUUUAUGAGGAUCUUGCAUUUUUCUAGGGCAAAUUUUGUAGCUGUCUGUGUUUUUAUGCCCCCAUCCCCCUUAGGGGACGCAGGAUGGAUGAGGAUCGGCUCAUGGUUGGAAAACCCUUUUGUUUUUAAGCAUUUAAAAACAAGAAAAGUUGCUGGCCAUGCCUGUCUCGGCACAUUUCUGCGUUUAGUAGGAAGGAAUGAAGUGUUUUGAAAAGCUGGUCACUAGCUUUUCUAGUGACCAGUCCCUGAAAGUGAGAUGAAUCAAGAAUGUCAUCUCGAUAGUUUGUGUCAUAGAUGAGAGCUCAGUGCUCUUAUUUCCAUUAGCUGUUCUUGUGGUGUUUGCAUUAGUAUCUGAAUCAUGUCCCAGUGAAGGGGCAAGCACCAAGCUAGGAUUUGGUUUGCCAGAUCAGUCUUUGGUCAAGAAAAAGUUUGGGUUUUGGCAAAAUCAUUCCAGGAAAAUUAUGUGACCCUAGUGGGUAACCCAUGUGCUGAGGUCCAGGUCAGGACACCUGGCAUCACGAGAGACUGUGCCCUCGGAAAGGACCACUUGCUUGGCUGCUAGGGUCUUCGCUGAUGGCCGCCUCCUUCCUUCAGCCCUGUCCCCAGCCUCUUGAACAGGCACUUGGCUUGAUCAGCAGAUGGGAUAUCGGGUCACCCUUUACCUCCUGGCAUGUGAGACGGUUCUGUUUCACCAGGAAGUACCGCUCCACUCCUGUUUUUGAUCAUUAGAAUUCUGUAUUUAGAGGUUACAUUUUUGUCAGCUUAUGAAUGGGCAGCUCCUGGAGAGGUCACAGGGUCCCCUUGUGGCCUGUGAGUUCAGUACCACUGGCCUAAGGAGUCCCUGUUUGUCAUUGUCUUGCUUUUGAAUUACUUUGGCCACAAGUUCUGAGACAAUGCUGUGUAAAACAGGAAGGGGCCGUUCUGAAGGGUGUUAUUUGUGAAAACAACUUGCUGAGUGCCUUCACCAGAGGCAGUAGAGUCUGCAGUUGAACCACAAUAAAUGGGGAUAAUUUUGCACGGCAUAGACAUUACGGUAGUUGUCUUUAUGAUAGGAGCUGAUUCCUUGAACGUAUAAUUGAACUCCAAAAUGAAUUAUGCCUCUGUGCAGGUUUAAUGAAAUUUCUGAGGUUGCUGAAAUGUGUAUAUUUGUUUUCCUUUUCCAGUGCAAGAUCUGCUGGUGAGGGGAAAUAUCUGACUGGUUUUAUUACGGUUUAUACAUGAAUAAAUGGGAUAUUUAGUUCUGUACAUAAAAAUCUACAGUGAGUACAUACACUGGAAUGAGAGACAAUCAUAUUAGACCAAAUCAUCAGAUCAAAAGACGAAGACAUACUUUUGAGACUUGAAAGUUCAAAGCUGACACUGACCCCUUUAAGGCCAGUUUUCCAGCCACUUGCUGCCCUGGCUCAACCCUCCACCCCACUCUCACAUCCACAUUUGCAGCUGGGUUCCCCUCACCUCCUCACUGCUGGGUAUUGUGACAGCUAGUUCACCCAUCCAUGGUAUGGUCUGCAAAACUAACUCAAACCCAACUCCUUCGUUUUACAGAAGGGGAAACUGAGGCUCAGAGGGCAUUUUUAAAUAGUGUUUGUUCACUAUCUUGAGACUCAGUGUGGAAUUUUUAAGCACCUUAUUUUAAUUCAUUCAUUAUUGGGAAAAUCAAACCCCUGUUACAAAGGAGAGAAGCCAAAUAGGUUCAAAUGAAGAAGCACUUGGAAUUUCUGGAUUUUACUGUGUAUUUGGCAUACAUCAUGCAACAGGCCCUCUGUUAUCACUGGGACAUAACGAGACCUGGAUACCUUAAGGUCUAACAGCCUUAAGGGCAUAGAACAUUAAAUUAUUGAAGAAUCUGAACAUUGUGAAUUCUUUUUUUCAAUUGUCACCUUGUUUUCAGGACCUUUCAUGCUAUAGACUGUUCUGUGGGAAUGAUACUGUGUAUAUUCAUGGAUGGCAUUUACCAAAAAUAAAUGGUGGUCUCCAGGGAA